UAGCUACGUGUAGCACAUGAUGAGUCUCUGCUCCGGGCCGCGGCCCCCAGCCUCCAAAUCCCCGGCGCCACCAACGCGGACGAACGGGCAGAACAUCAUUAAAGUUGUGGAGCUGAACGUCGGGGGUCAGUUGUAUACCACCACUCUGGACACUCUGAGAAAAUUCCCGGACUCCAAGCUGGCAGAGAUGUUUUCUGGCUCAGUUCAAGCCUGCAGGGAUGCGAGGGGUUGCUUCUUCAUUGAUCGCCCCGGCACCUAUUUUGGACCCAUUCUAGACUACCUGCGCAGUGGGCAGCUGCCCACGCAGCACAUCUCCAGCGUGUACCGUGAGGCUCAGUUCUAUGAGAUCAAACCCUUGAUCAAGCUCCUGGAAGACACACCACAGAUCUUUGGGGAACAGGUGGCUCGACGGCAAUUUCUGCUGAAAGUGCCUGGCUACCGUGAGGACCUGGAGCUCAUGGUUCGCCUGGCACGUGCCAGGGCUGUGGCACAGCGCUGUUCCACCAUCAAGGUGUGUGUGAUGUUCUCUGAACAGCAUUCUGUCAAAUGUCCGGUGACCCAGGAGGCAGACACAAUUGUUAUGUUUGCAACUGGGAUGAUCCAAAAGGAUGUGAGUGAUCUUAUGGACUGUGUGAAGAUGGACCUUCAGAACCAGGGUUACCAGGUGUCUUAUCACGGCCCCUUCUUCAAGAGUUCAUCCUUUGCCAGUCUACCUUCCCCCCUCGACCCAGCCCGUAAUUGCUCCUUUGAAUUCAUAUUCACAUGGUGGUGACUCCCAGGGCUAGGACUGUUAAGGGCUCUUGUGAGGCCUGUGAAAUUAAAAGUUGCAUUAAGAGCCAUCUUUCGGCAAGAAUUCACUGAGUUAAGUGGACUGCACUGGUCCUGCAGGAAAAUAAUACUGACUGUGGCAUCAUACCAGUCAAAAUAGGUCCAUGUAGCACC